AUGAGUAAGGACAUGGAAGCUGCCAUCAGCAUGCAGUUCGACCUUUACGGGCGCAUCGCUCGCUCGUACGAGAACUUGAAAAAGCACGACAAGCUCCUCGCCACAUACAGGGAGGCCCUGGCAGGACAUGACUACCUGAAGAAAGACAUGCUGUCCCUUACGGAGGAAUCUUACAUCGCACAGAAGAGUAUGUUUCUUGACAUAUUUCGCUCCCUGAAAAAUAAGGUCAACGCGGAAGCGCCUGCCGUCGGCGCAAAUCCCUUGCAGACAUCGCGCACGACUUUGCCGCGGAUCCAGCUGCCACAAUUCUCGGGUCAGUACGAAGAGUGGCCUUUCUUCCGGGAUCUCUUCAACUCACUCAUCGUGAAAGAUGCCUCCACAGCUCAAGUCGAGAAGCUUCACUACUUGAAGACGUGCUUGAAAGGUGAGGCGGAACUAUUAAUCCGCAGUUUGCCGACGACAGCCGAAAAUUUCGAUCGCGCGUGA